UCAAGUGCCUCACUCUCCUAACCCUUCAUUCAAUCAUAUCGACACCAUGGUACUGUAUGAGCUGUUCUGCAUCAGCGCGCACAAUCCCGCCUCACCAACCAACCUCCGUCAAUUGAUAGAAGGUGUCAGUAAACAGAUCCACGCUCAAGGAGGAGUGAUAAGAGAUCUCAAGAAUAUGGGAAUUGGAGCAACGUUACCGACGCGCGUGAGGAGACAUCAUUCAUGGCAUCACAGAGGAGACCACUUUCUCAUGACGUUUGAUACAUCUCCAGCCAUGAUCAGCAAGAUUGGCGAGCAAUUACGGAGAGAUCCGUUAGUCAUCAGAUGGACGUUCUUGAAAAAAGGAGCCAAGCUCUCGGAAAUGUUACCGAAACCAGCCCCGAGUAUAGAUUUCGCCGGACCCAGUUUGGACAAAGGCAAACUGUUCUGAUCGUACAUGGGUUCCAAAUUACAUGCGCAGUACUCCGCUUCUUCCGAGCGAUGGACGAUGAGGCAAAGGUGAAAGAGAGUCAGGGCGAGGGAACGGACACACACGAGUCAUUUCUCGACGCUGGGUCGAGAGGGGGACGCAGUGCAUUGCAUUGCACGGCCAUUUUAUUUUGUAUAGCAUAUCAUGACACCUCAUUGCAUCAUUCCCUGGC